CUACCUCUCUCCAUUGAUGUCGAAUCCCUUUGCUGGUAUUUGAUUGUCUGAGUGGGAGUUGUGUGGGCGAGAACUCAUUUGUUUGCUCGAGUUUUGAUGCUUGUGAGGGGGGAGGGGAAGCAUGUGUAUGUUGUUAAUGUGAAUCACAAUAAAUCCAAGUGUCUAGUUCAUUUAGAUGCUGGGCUCUUAUGGCAUGCUGAUGUUGGGGUAGUGUAAUAAAAUAUUUUUCACCGACGACUUUUUUCGAGAGACGUUGCCAACCUUAGUUCUAUUCGCACUCUCGACUUUCAACAGAAGUUCCCACAAAGUCAUGUGCCUCCCUGCAAGCCAAAAACCAUGUGAAAAGAAUAUGUUCAAGGCAGGCACCGACACUUCCACAAUUAUUGUUGAGUGGGCACUUGCGGAAAUGUUAAAGAACCCUACCAUAUUCAAGCGCAUGCAGUCAGAGAUGGAUACAGUUAUUGGUCAAGAUAGAUUAUUAGAAGAGUCUGACAUUCUCAAUCUCCCUUACCUCCAAGCUGUUGUCAAGGAAGCACUCAGAUUACAUCCAUCCACACCACUUAGCCUACCACAUUACUCAUUUGAGUCAUGUGAAAUCAAUGGUUAUCACAUCCCUGCAAACACUCGUCUUAUUACCAAUGUUUGGGCCAUUGGUAGAGACCCAGAUGCAUGGGACAAUCCAUUGGAGUUUGAUCCAGAUAGGUUUCUACCUGGUGGUAAAGCUUAUAAUAUAGAACCUCAUGGCAAUGAUUUUGAAUUCAUACCUUUUGGAGCUGGAAGAAGGAUAUGCCCAGGGAAACAAACUGGUAUUUUGUUUUUUUGCAGUAUCUUUUUAGGUGCAGUUGUGCAUGGGUUUGAUUGGAGGUUGCCAGAUGGUGAGGUAAUUGAUAUGAAGGAAACACCUGGUUUGGUCAUGCCCAAAACUAUCCCCAUUAAAGCAUUUGUAACUCCUCGUCUUGCAUCCACUGCUUAUCCCCAUUAAAGCAUUUGUAGCUCCUCGUCUUGCAUCCACUACUUAUCUCUAUGAUUGAAGUUUAAUUAAGUUUGUAAGCCUGUUUUUUGUUAUGAAUAUUUUACCAAUAAUUAUAAUGAAUAAAGGUUUGUAGUCUUA